CACACACACCCACUUUUACUGACACACAUAGAGACACACACACAGACAGACAAGUGGCCUAUUGUACACACAGACAAGCACAUAAACACAGUUGUAGAUCAAUCUGACACACACUUUAACACACACACACACUCUCCUGGACUCUGGACUGACCACUCGAGGAUACAUCUCUAAGGACUCUGUUUCCCAUCAUGCAUCAGCGGAGCAUCUCGGAGCUCCAGGGGGUCUCCACUCAGCAGGGGGCCUCCACCAAAAGGACUACCCAGGAUCAAGUCUCCUGGAGCUCCAAGCUGAGGAGGGGGUCUGGGCACCGGUGCCUCUGCCCGCCGAGGGUAGCUCCUCUCUGGGCAUGGCUCCUGCUGGGGGCCAUGGUGGUUCCUGGAGCCUGGAGCUUUCUGACCGAGGAGCAAGAGGAGCUGCUGGUGGAGCUUCAUAACUAUUACAGAGGACAAGUUUCACCCAGUGCCUCAGCCAUGCUGCCUCUGAAAUGGGACCCGAGUCUGAAGUUGAUCGCAGAGGGCUACUCUACUAAAUGUAUCUGGAACCACAACCCGGAACUGGAAGACACUGGAGAGAAUCUGUUCGCCGGCACCGGGGCUCUGGACCUCCGAGUGGCUCUGGAGAAAUGGUAUAUGGAACGCCAGGACUAUGACUUCCAAAACAACAGCUGUGACGAAGACAAAAUGUGUGGACACUAUACACAGAUGGUGUGGGCAGGUACACACAGAGUCGGCUGUGCCUUCCAUCUCUGUAACAGCAUGGAGGGACUGGACUGGGAGAGAGUCUCCUUCCUUGUCUGCAACUACUACCCAGCAGGGAACUACGAAGACGAGAGGCCGUACGUUGAAGGUGACUCGUGCUCCAGAUGUCCGGAGAACUUCCAGAAAUGUGAAAACAACCUCUGUGUUGCUGAGGACGACGAAGCAGAAGACGAAGACCCGACUAGUGACCCGAACGUCCAUUCUUCCAUCGCCACCACCUUCACAAGGGGCCCCCUGCAUCCAGAGGUACCCUCAACAACACUGGGAGAGGAGGAGAAGGGAGAAGAAAAGAUGGAGGAGGAAAAGGAGGCGGUCAUUCCUCCUCCUGCAACUACUGACCCUUAUGUCCAGCCUGCCACCACCUCCACAAGGGACUCUGAGGACUCCCCACCACCAGCCACCACUGCCCCGGCCACCCCGCCUCCAGAAGUGCCCUCAACUGCACUGGGAGAGGAGAAGGAGGAUGAGGAGGUGGUGGAGAAGAAGGAGGAAGAGAAGAGAAAGGAAACUACAGAUAAGAUGGAAGAAAAGGCCGAGAGAGAAGUGGUAGAAAAAAUAUACCCCAAUAUUUCAGUGAGUGCUGGUUCGGUAUCUUUACCGUCUCUCCUGUUAGCCUGUCUGACUGGGAUCCUGACUCUGAGGCUGUGAGGAGGAGCGGACUAAAGAAGAGGAGACGAUACGUUCACCUCACCACUCUUGCUUUGACUGCACAUUACCUUGUUGAUCCGCCCUGUGGUAACAAACAGAUUCCCAUCCCUCCCCCUUGCAGAGUAAUAUGGGUCAAUUAAUAAUUCACACUCAUUUUCACAACAUCUGCAUGUAGUCUGGGUCGAGAUCUGUGUGCAUAACCUGCUCAACCUGCUUGGAAUACAAUUAUGUUACUGCCAGUAAGUACAACUACUAAAUGUGUUGUAUUCAUGUAAAGGAAAACAAAUUUAAAGCAUCUAUUUUGAGGAUUUUUGGGAUCGUGAACUGAAAACCAACCUUAUUUUAUUUGACCUUUUUGCAUCUCAUGUCAGACAGCAGCCUUUAAAUUAUCCACGCUUAUUUUCCCUCUUUCCACAAGUCAAAUACUCAAAAGGGAUGGAUUUCAAUCUCAUGUCGGUGUGUCAGUUCUGCGUAUAAUAAAAAAUGUGGCUCUCUUUGGCCCCGGUCCUCGUUACCAUUUGCUCACAAAUUCCCUUUCUUCCACCUGAAAUCAACUUUCAGCUUUGAGGCGUCCAAAAUUGGAAGCAGGGGGGUGGCGAGCUAGCUUCUGCUGCUUGGCUGGACGGAAACCGUAGAGGGAGAGAUGCUGUACAGAGCCAGAAACUGUGACCUUUUCAUUGCCUUAAUUACAAAGUUGUGAACAUUUGUCAUAAAUACAGGAAACUGGGAGAAUUGUGACCCCCUGUGAAAAUCAGCAGGUUAGCGAGUGACGUCAUAUUAUUCUUUUGUGCUUGCAGGUCAGUUUCAGCGAGGGCCGAUAUCCCUCCCCGGGUACCCUGGCCCUUAAGUGUUGUCUUUUGAGUUUGUGUAAGCAUCAAAUGUGUCAAAUUAGCAACAAUAAAUAUGUCCGGUUAGACUUUCAUAAUAAAAAUAGUGGUUAACUUUGUGAAACGUCGCAAUUUGGUUAGUUUUAGGAAAGGUUAAAAUAAAGUUACUUAUGUGAUUUAAACUUACGUAAGUUAAGUAACGUUACUUGCAUAACUUACAUAGCUUCAAUAAAAACAUUCAGUGUUGACUUUUUGUUUCACACGUGAAAUGAACACCAGCCACACCAACUGCCUCCUUACUCAGACGUUACUGUUAUGCAUCCUACACUUAGCUUAAGUGUUAGAACUCUUUACCAUGCGUCCAUUUGGUCUUGGAAGUAAGAACGGUUUGGGGCCACAUUUUUAAAAAACAUUAUGUGAACAGUCAAUUUAAAACAAAUCAGAUCUGAGCAAUAAAUCAGAAUUGAGCUUUAGAGGCCUGCAGUGCGGACGUAGCGUAUGUGAUGCCAUGCAGCAGCAUUACAUGCCUAUUUGUAAUCCCACCAACAAAGCUCUGAUUGGUCGAUUGUUUCUUCAAAUGGUGGAAAUAUAUGUCACUGAGAACAACACCAAAAGUCAUUCAGAGCUCUGAAACCAGGCUAGCCGUUUCCCCCCGCUUCCCGUCUUUGUGCUAAGCUAGGCUAAUCAUAACGCCAUUUUACUUUGUAAGCACAUAUAGAUUUUCUUCUAAAUCGCCUCAGAUAAGUGAAUUUACCUAAAAUGCCCAAAGAGUAGUUUGCCACUGAGGUGAAUAAGAAACAUUUAGGGCUUCAGGUGUUUAUUUACCAUAAUGGGUUUUAAAGCUUAUCAUGAGGUUGCAGAUGCUGUUUUGUAUGAUUAAUAAUGAAAUACUGAAAUAAAACACAAAGCUUUUCAACCAGAAAUCUGCCCAAAACAAAGUGUUGUUUGAGCACUGUACAUCAGAAACUCGGAGCUGUAGAGCCUUUGUGCUGAAAACCAAAAAGGGGUUAAGUGCAGCAAAGAGAGGCUACUCACAAAACUCUCACAUCGCCUCUUCAUGUUGGGCGGUUGAUCAUCUGUAUCUGCAGAUUUAAAUAUGAAGUCCCAUCUCCAACCACUGUAAAGAUAAAGCAACCUUUUCUAUUGUGUUAAGUUUAGUUAGUGUUUAGUAAAUGCAGGAGAAAUGAUUGCUGAAGUGUCUUUGUUGUGUUUCAAACUGACGACCCUGCUUCUUCUAAUACAUAUAUACAUAUAUUUAUAUAUAUAUAUCUACUGUAUGUCAUAUACUCUCUCAGACUGGAACUAGAACUGGACAGAGUCUCUCAUUAUGUGCCUUCUCUCUGUUACACUGUCUUUAGACAACAGGAAAUCACCAUAACUAUCUUCACUAACUUUAGCAAAGAUUGCUGUAAAUGUCUGUAUAUAAGAUUAAUAAAGAAAUAAAGCUUGUUUUUUCUUUUUGACAA